AGCACAUUCUUUGUUUCCUUUUUAAGCAUUUAGAAUCCACCAAAUUUAAAGAUUCUUUCGUUGCUUGCAAGGACAGAGGAUGAGAGUUAUGGUGGGAAUUGAUGAUAGUGAUGAUAGUUUCUAUGCGCUUCAAUGGGUCCUUGAUAACCUUUUCAGUGACCUUAGUGCAUCACCCGUGGCUGACGAGAGAGCUGGCUUGCUCACGUUGGUUCAUUUACAACAGCCUUUCCAGCCCUAUGGCUUCCCUGGAGCUAGACCAGAAGUUGCAGCGUUGUAUCCAACAGCUACAGUAUUGGAUUCUGUAAAGAAAUCCCAAGAACAAAUUUCUACUGGUAUACUCUCCCUUCACCAAAAUAUUAACCUGAUGCAGAUCAAAGCAGAAACUCUGAUUCUUGAAGGGAACCCAAAGGUUAUGAUAUGUGAAAUUAGUGAGGAAAUGAAUGUUGGCCUCCUUAUUAUUGGCAGCCGUGGCCUCGGAAAGAUUAAAAGAGCUUUGUUAGGAAGUGUAAGUGAUUACUGUGCACACCAUGCAAAAUGUCCAACCCUAAUUGUGAAACCACCAAAGGAGGCCAUCAACAAGUAACUAAGGCUAAGGCUAAGAAUAUCUAUGCUUAUUAUAUUUUUACUUGUGCCAUUUGC